AUGCUGAGAUCUUCGUUUUAUGAUAGUUUUUGGACUAGUGAUUAUGAACUGGGGUUUCGUAAGUUGUUUGAUCAACUUCAAGGAGGGAUUCAAGAGAAUGAUUCAUUCAUUCAAUUAGUUCAAGCUAGAAUCGAUCUGGAAUAUUCAUAUGGUAGUCAACUCAAUGCUAGCGAUGAAUCUAUUAAAAAACGGGAUAAUCGUCUUUAUAAUGAUGAAUUCAUUUCAACUACCAAAACUGCAUUUCAAAUCUUUAAUGAAAACUUUAAGGAACAAGGUUCUUAUCAUAUGUCUAUAGCGUCAAGGAUCAAUGAUAAUGUUUUAGAACCAUUGGUGAAAUCAACUGAUGAACAUAGAGAGAAAAUCAAUGUUUCGAAACGGAAAAUAUUUGAAAAAUUAGAAGAAUUUAAGAAACUGAAAAAGAAUGCUUUACAAAUAAGAAGUAAAUACUUUACUAAAGCCAGAAGUUUAGAAAUCUUUAGAGAAAACUUCUCUGAAGAACAAUUAAACUUUGAAUUCAAUGAAUAUCUUAAUUUACGUGAUGAUGAACAAGAUAAAACUUAUUAUAUUGCUGGUGAUGAAUAUGAUAUUAAUGAAUUAAAAGUCUUAUUAACUAAAAUGAUAACUUCCAUUGAAUUAAGUACUCAUAAGAAUAACUUUUAUAUCACUUAUAAUAAUGUCCUGUCCGGUAUAUCCAUUACUCAAUGGGUAUUGGAUAAUUUACCAAAUAUUGAAAAAAAUAUUUCAAAAGCAGAAAAAUUCGGUCAAGAUUUAUUAGAUUAUGAUUUUAUAAAAACAGCAGGUAUUGGGGCUAACUUUGUUAAUUCAUCUCAAUAUUAUUAUCAAUGGAAACCAAUUGUGUUUGAAAUUACAAAAUUAAAAGCUCCCACCGCUAAUGAAGGAACACGUAUCACAAAUGCCGCAUCCAUCCUUGAACAAAUGGGUAUGGUGGGGACAAUAGAUGAAACUGAUAUCACUCAAUAUCCUAAAUUAACCGUGGAUGUCAGAAGAUUGGAAAAUGAUUAUAAAGAAGCAGUUCAAAAAUUUGAUAUUGUUAGAUGUCAAUAUGAAGAAAUUGUAAUUGAAAAUUUAAGUGAUGUACAAAGAAGUGAAUUUAAUAGAUCAAGUGUUAUAAAACAUUUAACUCAUGAAUUUUUAAAUUGUAUAUCUCAUAGAAUUGAUGAAAUGGAAAGAUCAUUUAAGAAUUUAGAAAUCCUUGAAGAAACGAUUAAACCUCAACAAGAUUUAAACUUUUUAAUUGAAUCUAAUUCAACAGGUUCUUUCAGACCUCAAGUUAUGACAUUUGAAAAUUAUUUUUCAAAACCAGAAGAAACAUUUGGUAUAAAAUUACUGACAAGAUCAGAUAUUGAUAAUAGAGUUUUACCAUUUAUAAUUCAAGCCAUUAUGUCCUACCUUGAUAAGACCUAUAAAAUAUUAGCUGAUGAUGGAAAAAUUAUUGAAUUAUGGACAGGACCAGUCAGUUUAAAGACAGUACAUGCUUUAAGAUUCAAAUUAAAUAAAGUAUCUGGAUUAGAAAAUAUUAAAGCUGAAUUGGUUUCAUCUGAACCAAUUGCUGUAACAAAUGUCUUAAAAUUAUAUCUUUUGGAAUUACCUGAAUCAGUUAUCCCUGAAGAAAGUUUUGCAUUGAUUAGAGCCAUUUAUGCCCAAAAUUCAGGUCAUGAUGCUUUACAAAGUAGAUUAAACGGUUUAAUCAAUGUUCUUAAAGAAGUUAAUACUUGUAAUUUAGCAACUUUGGAUACCAUCUUACUUCAUAUUGAUCAUCUUAUAAAGAUAAUUGGUAAGAAACAUGUGGAAUUAGCUGAAAAUUUCAAAGCUAAAUUAUUAAAGGAUUUUAGUGAUUUAUUACAUAGACCAAAGAUUGAUGAUGAACAUUAUGCCAGUGUGGCAACUGAUAGACAUUUAUUAGAAUUGAUUAAUGAUUUAUAUGAUUAUCGUCAACAAAUAUUCUCCUCCAUUAGAAAUAAAUCAUCAUCAUCAUCAUCGGUUCCUAAUACCAAUAAACCAUUACCAAAGAAGAUUCAACCAUCAAAUAGUCAAAGUAGUGACAAUAUUAAAGCCAAAGAUGGAUCUUCCGAUUCAUUCGAUUCCAGUGAUGAUAAUAGUUCCCCCGCUCCACCUACUCCAUCUAAAUCAGGUCAUACUACAUUAAGAAGAUCGACAUCACCUGUGAAAAGAAAAUUAAAUACUGUCUUAACCGAUAAGAAGAAAUUCACAGUUGUAUCAUCGAGUGUAUCAAGUCCUAAUACACCAUCUAAAGACAAGGCUAAUCCUUAUGAUUCAGAUACUUCAUUACGUAAGAUUUAUUCUGACAAGGAGAAUGAAAUUUCAGACUUUAACAAUAGUAAAAAGGGAUCAACCCCCAUUAAUAAAAGAGAUGUUAUUAAUGUUGAUUGA